ACCAGCAACACAAUCACCCAAAUCUCCAUCGUCUCCGUCCACUACCACUUCCUCCACCGGUAACUGCUACAACCGUUGAGGCCCUACCUCCUUUGCGCCACCUCCCCAAUCCCCUACCGGUUGGCUGGAACUAUCACCUCCCCCAAACUACAGAGGAAUCUGGGCUCCAGCUAUUAAUCUGCCUCCUAAUAACAACUCCGAAGUGAUCAUCCUUGCUCUUGUGCCUCAAUCCCAAAAGGUCCUAUCCAUUUCUCUUCCUUUCCGCUUCUAAUCACCUUCCAAGGAAAUCCACUCCCCCGCCGACAUUCGCUAGUUUCAUGAAUCGAAAACAUGCAAGAACUUCCUCACUUCGUUGUCACCCUCUCAGAAUCAAUUCGUGGCACAGAUCCGAUCUGUGCCAUGAAUCCUCCACCACCACUAAAAUCGCCACUGUCCAUGAAAUCUUAAUCCAUUGGAUCGAUGAAAUUCCUUCGGUUCAACAAUCGUCUCACUACGGUAACAUCUCCUACAGAACUUGACACGAGUGGAUAGGAAUUUCCCGAUCUGUUCAUGCCUUCUUUUUGUUUUUCGUUAUAUGGAGAUCGCGAUUGUGCUAUUUAGAUGCAGAACAAAAGCAAAGGAAGAAUACAGUCAAAAGUUGCAGGAAUUGCAAGCAGAGGUAGCUUCGUGUAAUGAAUCGCAAGAAAAUCUCCAAAGAAAGAUUUCAUGUAGUAGAAGGGCUGAUUUGCCAGUGUUUCUUGUACAGGGGCUGAAUUGCCACAACAUUGCAGGUACAGGGGCUGAAUUGCACCUUCUGCCUUUCUUUACAUUUAGAUGUUGAUGUUGCAUUAAACACCGUCAUUUAGC